AUGUGCCGCUGGAUGUGCGAAGCGUCACUACACGUCUACCGCCGAUCGGGUGCCGUCGCUCACGAAGCGAACUUUUGGGCAGCCACACGUGCAGACGUCAGCAACAUCCAGGCCGCCAAUGUUCCAAACGUAGUCAUGGACCAGGGGAUGGCAAACGUGGCCGACUUCUGCUCGAGGCAGUGCGCUGCUGAUAGGGCGGCGUACGCUGAAGCACAGGGUGCCACGCCUCGCGGAGCGAACGACGCGGGAGCAGGCAGUGCGGCGAACGCGCCACCGCCAACUCGCGAAGCGGCGCCAAGCUCGCCCAUCGACGCCCGACCGAUCACCGCCGAAAACGCCACGGGGCGACCGGUCCUCGUCGCAAGCGCCCUCUGGCCGCAGUACGCGUGCAAAGAAUUCGGUGGAGCCGGCUGGGCGGCGACCGUGUUGCGAUGCUCCAAGCACACCGCAAUCGUACGGUUCACGAUUGCCACGACGCGCGAUGGCCGACCAUACGAGGACGCGCGCGUCCCGCUCAACCAACUGCGGCCGCUGCCUCCGCGACAACUGGCCGCAUGA